AUGGCCGCGAGGCAGGCGGCGUUUGUGCCGCCACCCCUCAAGUACACGCGCGGCACGAUGGCGCGGUACAUCAACACCGUCUCGUCCGCACAAAUGGGCUGCGUCACGGACGAGUACUUAGCUAAAACUUGGGCAACUCUUUUUCGAAUUUCAGCCGAACUUGAAGGCAAGCCCACGGCGCCACCGGAGGAGCUGCUCGCCGAGACGCUGCGCGAGCUGCGGAGCGCCAAGUUCAGCUUCGAGGCCGACCGCUUCACCUCGCAGGAGCGCAUGCUCGACUUUGAGUGGGUGGUCAAGACCUCCCUCGCGCAGGCGGAGGUGUGGUAG